AUGUAUGAAUCGGCGAGGAAAGACGUUGUUUCUAAGAAUGUUAGAAUGCAUAAAUUUCAGCAAAUGGGUCGUGGAAGACUAUCAAUGGAGCUAAUUCAGAAAGAAAAAGCUAGGAAGACAACAUUUGUAAAGAGAAAGAAUGGAUUAAUGAAGAAAGUGGACGAGUUCUCCACUCUUUGUGGUGUUGAUGUUUGUUUAAUUAUCUAUGGCCCCAACUUUGAUGGUCAAAGACCCACCAAACCUGAGACAUGGCCCCAAGAUACCGACCAGGUACGCCGAAUCAUUCAAAAGUACCAUAACACAACAAGUGAUAGACCUCCUAGGAUCUAUGAUGUUGAAAAGUAUUAUAGAGAUAGGGUUAAGAAAGUUGAAGGUGAGAUUUCUAAGGUGCACAAGGAGAAGGAGAAGCCUAAGCCCAAGAUCACGUAUCCUACUUGGGAUACCUCAUUUAAUGAUCUUAGGGAAGACCAACUGAUAAUGUUUGCUGGCAUUUUGGAUUCUAAGAUUGUGUCUUGCAAUCAAAGAAUCAACAUGCUAAAGCAAGAUCCCAAGGGAAAAGCAAUAAUGGUAGAAUCAAAAGACAAUGUUGAUGAGAAUGUUUUUGCUACUCUUUACUUGGCUUCAUCAAACCCUAGUAGCUACCUUAAUUUUAUGCCAAACAAGUCUCAGCAAGCACAGUUUAUUCCUCACCUUCCCAUGAAACCCAUUAUUGAUUAUACCACCCAAUUACCAUUCUACCCUUCGCAAUUAGGGGGAAGUUCAUCACAAUCUUCCACUCUUCAUUUUGACCAAAAUACUAUGCAACUUAUGGGAAAAAAUGGGACUUUGGAUUGGGAGCAACCAGUUGGUACUUUUAGCACUCAUGAUAUACAAGUUCAUUUUCUAAAUUACACUGGAGAUGGAAGCAACAACCAGAACUCUUCAUCGCCAUGCUAUUACAAAGGGAAUAUACAAUCUGUGCAGCCAUAUAGUUUUGCUCUACCUCAAUAUGAAGAUGUGCCUCCUGAGUUUCAAGUUAAUGGACUCUAUGAUACAAAUGUGACAUUAAGUUCAAAUAGAAGAAGGUGCAGUGAAAACGUGCAGAAACGGUUGAAGAAGGAGAAAGAGAAGGCAAAAGCUGACGCAAGAAGCAGGGCUGCAUGCGAGUAUUUUGGAGACGUGGUUUUAUUUGACACCACCUACAACACAAACAGGUACAAUUUGGUUUUUAGUUCUUUUGUAGGCGUGAAUCACCACGGUCAGUCGACACUUUUCGGAUGCGCCCUGAUGAAAAAUGAGGACAUCUAA